UAAUAUUUUUAUUCCAUUAUGCGCGUAAAGGGCGUCGACGAGCAGAAGGGCUCCUUUUCUCUCGUACGAGCGACUCUGGGCAGUUGAUCAGAGACAAGCGCAUUCUUGGGAGUCGCGCCAUCAGUUCAAGCCAUUAAACCCCCCUCCACCCUCCACGCCCCUCCGUGGUCUGGUGGUCUGUCCCGCACCACCCCCCAUGACCAUACCGGAGGGUGAAGACAAUACUAACUGGCAUCACACACCACACCUUUACCUGCACACCACGCGUGGGAGUCACGGCUAGCGGCCCACCCCCCCGGCACAACCACCCUCCAUCUGCACACCCUUUCCGGUUUUGAUCAAACCGAUCCUCAUUUCCUCGAGUCUCCCGUCACUCUUCCCCUGCCGCCCUCUCUCCUCAUUUUCUUGUCUCACGAUAACACCCUCAAGCAUAUCACCUGGCCCCGCCAAGAAGACCAACCUUUCUGACAACUGUCUAACCAUCGUCCGUGGGGAUCUAUAUAGGCGUGCGGUGACGUCCUCACCAAGAAGAAGCUAGACCAGCACCGAAACCGCUGCCGCGGCGCUACUUUCACCUGCAUCGAUUGCAUGGUGUACUUUCCGGGCACGGAAUACCGUUCGCACACGAGUUGUAUAUCUGAAGCGCAGAAAUAUCAAGGCGCCCUCUACCGCGACAAGAAGAACAAGGGUCAACCUGCGCAGGCAACUCAUCAGAAUCAAAGCAAUCAGAGCAAUCAGAGCAGCAGCAAUACGAAUCCGAACGCUAUGGUCCAGGCAGCCUAUGUUGAAGACGUCGCGGAGGAUCGGGACUCCUGGCGCAACUACGAACAGCGCAGCGACGACGACAACCAUUGCAUCGCUGAUCCUCCCCCGGAGGCACCGACUCCUCCCUCGGCCCUCGAGACUGCCCAGGCGCAAGCCAAUGUCAAUGUCUUCGACUUCCUUGUGACCAACCCGACACCAACCGCGUCCCAUGUGUCUCUCCCCGCCACUGCGCCCGCCCAACUAAGCGAGGAUACGCAACUGGUUCGCUUUGAUCCGGAAGCAAAUGGUAUGGCUGAGACUCCGGGGGAUGCCAAUGCGAUGGUGCAGUACGGCACCGGCCCGGUGCCAUCCAAGUUUGAGACGCCUGCACCGAAAGCAGCGCGAAAAAAAGUGAAGGAUGGCGACAGGGAUGCCAAGAAGGACAAGAAGCGAAAGAGGUUACACAUCGAGACCGACCACGUCAUGACGGACGCGCCACCUGUGCUGCACUCUGGGUUGACGGGGGGCUUAAACCGCUUGAUGUCAAGGCCCACGGUCUUCCCGCCGUCGCCAGACUACUCGGGAGGUGACGUUGCCGAGACACCAGCCAGCCCGCUCAAGAAGAGCAAAUCGAAACAUCACAAGUCCAGCCGGACCGGCGAGUCGCUUGGCAACAGCCUGAUGGCUAUGAUUGCCGCGGGGUCCAAACCCAAAUCCUCCUCGAAAAAGCGCACCAAGUCAAAGUCAAGUUCGACACCGUCGAAAAAGAAGAAAGGCAGUUCUAAGUCUCUGGAGGCCCCGAAAGAACCGAAGCUCCUCGAGUUCAGGCCAGUGGCUAAAGACAGCAAGGACGAGGGCGGCACCAUGGUCGUGUACAAGCCGCCGGCCGAACAUUUUCUCAGCUUUGUGACCAAGGGCCCUGAAAGUGAGCGCGGGUGCAGCGUCAACAAGGCGCUCAAGCGGUACCACCGCGAGAGAAGCGCGUCGGGUACGUCAGUCAGCAAAUUAGUGAAGGAAAAGGAACUAUGGAAGUCGUUGCGGAUGAGGAGAAACGAUCGGGGUGAGAUAGUGUUGUUCAGUCUCGACAGCUAAGUCCUCGAAUCU